CCCCCGCGCAGAAGAAGAGACGAAAGAAAAAGAAAGGAAUCCAUCAAUCGAUAGGUCGAUCCCACUCUUCCUUUCGCUUCCUCAUCUUUCUCCCUUCUAUUUUCCAUUUCGCCGUGGGGGCUGACGCGCGGCAGUUCGAGAAAAGAAAGAACGGAAAAGGGAGAGAGAAAAAAAAAAGCGAGGAGCAGCGCCUGAGACCCAAUUAUUUCGAUCUUUUCUCCUUUUUUUUUUCCUUCCUCCGAAAGCUUGAUUUCCAUCCCCUCAGAUUCCCUCCCGUCUCUCCCUUUUUGUCCCCUCCUCUCUCUCUCCCAUCCCUCGAUCGAAUGGGAUUCGCUCGCAGCGAUCGGAGCCGGAGCUCCCAUCCGGUUUUCUUAGUUUGUGCUCUUCUUAUACAGUUUGGUGAAGAGUGAUGCGUGAGGGGGGUGGUUGGAUCAUGAUGAUGACGAUGUUGCUGAGGAGAGGAGGAGAUUUGAACCUCAACAACUCGGUGCAGGCGUACGGGGAUUCGAUAAAGGAGGGAUUGAAGCAGGCAAUGCUUCAGCAUGAAGUUAUCUUUAAGAAUCAGGUCCGGGAACUGCAUCGGCUGUACUGGACGCAGAAGAACCUGAUGCAUGAACUGUGCCGGAAAGAAUCCGAUGUAUAUGCUCCAUUUUCUCCACGAACGGCGUCGGUGGAGUGUAAUGGAUCGGCGGAGGAGAAGAGAGUUUGCGACGUGGUGAGUCCGAUGGAUGCACGAGGUAACGUCGAUGAACUCCGCGAGAAUGGGAUGAGGAAUUUUGAUCUCGAGCUUCCUCCCGAUGAGGUCACGAGGGAUCCAGGGGAGGAGAUUGGUGGCGGAUGCUUGGGAGUAAUGGGUUCUUCUGUAAAUGGUGAAAACGCCACGAAUUCGGAGUGGCCGAAGGCUAAUUUCGGUGCCGGAGAGGCCGACUAUCCCAACAGGGGGAGUUGUUCGAAUGCCCGAAUUGUUAUUGAUUUAGAGGAAGAGCCUCUAGAAUUGGAAUCUAAUGGGGAAGCAAAUGUCAUUUCUUCCUCUAGGUUCGAGACUCCCAUCAGUAAUGGUGCAAAUAAGUGUGGUUCACCGACCGUUUCAUCCGAUCACAGCGAAAGAUGGGGAGUGCAGAAAUCUACUUACCGUUUCGCUGAUUUAAAUGAGUCCAUAGGUGAGCCCUCUAUGAUACCAUCAAGCCAGAAGCAACAAAUUACUUUCUGCAAAUGGAUGCACAUUGACCUUAACAUAGCACAAGAUGAUGAAGCUAUCCCUGCUCCGCCGAAUAUUGUGCCAACACUUCCUUCUCCAUCCACGAGUUCAUCAGUUGUUCACCAUGGAGAUGUUUGGAGGGAAUCAAGCAACAGAUGUCCAAAAGAGUCUGAAUCAAGCAACAGAUGCCCAAAAGAAUCCUCUUUGACAAUUCAGCAUGAUCUUCCUCAAGAAAAUUCAAGGGAAAAGAAUGUUAAUUGGUUGUUUCAUGGCCGUCAACAUGCACAUCCUUCUUGCACUCAGGCUUUAGCAGAGGGUACUAAGCUUUCUGAGUAUAAUGAUAAUCAGUAUGGAUUAGAUCAUAAGAAUGAAAAGUCCAGUGCUGAGGACCCAGCACAUUGCUACAGAGACUUUGAGGAAGGAUUUUACAGUUUUUCUACUGGAGGAAUUCAGUAUAGUGUUAACAUGACAGCCCUCUCCAAUGCAGGCUUACAUGAACUAGAAGAUGCACAAGUAGACUCUUUGGUUCAGCCACAUACCAAUGUAAAUAUUGAUAGCAGAAAGUCGACUUUAAUAACAACCUGCAGCAAUGACAUAGAAGACAAUAACUUGCGUGCGUCGGUUGGGAGUACCAAUCUGCCACCAACUGUGAUCAGAGUUUCAGAAGACAAGCAAGCAAAUCACGAGGGGAGUGAAGAAGAUACUGUAUCAAGCCAUGCUGUCAGUCGAGGUGAGAAUCAACAGGAUGAAUGUUUUGAAGAAUCUCUUAUCAAAAAGAAGCCUGAUCACAUUACUGGAAAUAGUGAAUGCACUUCAUCAGACAAAAGUGUUGAAGAACAUGCACUUCUCUCCGUUGCAGCUGAUUCAAGAACAACUCAAGACGUUCUGGUGGCUACAAGGUUUCCUAGCAUAAAUGUCCCAACUCCUGAAGCUUCUAAUAAUGUUCACUUGCUGGAAAAUUCAUAUGAUAGUAGCAAAGCAAAACCUGAAGACAAUACUAAGCAGCAGACAACUGAAGCAGUAGAGAUGGAACGAAUGAUUAUCAGGGCAGCUGAGACACUUCUAUCUAUAUCUUCAGAGAGUUCAACGAAUCCUUUGGAUCAGGUAGCUAGCAAUGGACAGAUAGAAAUCGAGUCCAAGGAAGGUAGCGAUUGGCCUCAGUAUUCUUCUGAUUCUUUUGAGGCUAUUACUUUGAAGCUACAUGAAAUCAGAGAUGAUGGGCGGUCCAUGCUUGCAAAACGUACUGAGAAGGAAACAGGGAAGGAUGCUUAUGGAGUCAAGUUACGGAGGGGAACGAGAUUGCGAGAUUUUCAGAAAGACAUAUUGCCAGGGCUUAUUUCCCUUUCGAGGCAUGAGAUUUGCGAAGACAUGCAUACCAUAGGCUAUAAUCUUAGGAGGAACAGGCACAGCAAGAACUGUGGGGAAAAGUGGUUUUUACCAGUUAGAAGCAGGCAAUCAAGGCGUUGUUCGGUCGGACGGAGGCGCUAAGAGUCCAAGACUUCUAGACCUGUAGGCUGUGUUGAAAACUUUAUGACCAAAAUCUAAUAGCAGAAUGCUUUCUGGUUAGCCAGGAAGUGAGCAAAGCUGAUUCUGGACAGUUUUGUGAAUAUAUAUGAUCCGAACUCCAGUUGCAAACCAGUGCAUUUAAAGUUAAUAGCUUAGCUGUCAAAUGGACGAUCAUUUAGUGUGUAUGAGAACAAGACGCAUGGUUGUGAAGUACAGCAAAAGCACAGUUUCUCUUACUGGUUCACUCUAGUGCGUGGAGACCACAAGAGACUAUACUGCUGAUUAAUGAGUGAUUUGAUGCUCUCAUUGUACCAUUACACCGAAGAUUUUGAUAUAAUUAUCCAGUUAAAAAAAGACAAUCCCCCUCGAUGAGGACGGAAGAUUUUGAAGGAGUUUAGAGGUGCGAAAAUCCUGUAGGUAAAUGAUAAGAUCAUUACCGCGUCAGCCAUUCAGAGGCACCUUAAUCCAAUCUCCUUGAGCCUGUUUGACGACGGCAGGGGCAUUACAGUACUCCAUUGUGUUUGUGUUUUUGAGUUCCAACCAGGGAGGAGGUAGUGGAAUGAGAAACCAAUUGGAUCCUAGCCCGGUGGAGAAGUGAGGGGACACUUCUUGCAGUGUUUGGUUUGGGGCCUCUUUGGUUGGGCAAGCAAAUGAUCGGGUGGUAGCUUUCAUUCCUUCUGAAAAUAAGCACUUGUACAAUUUUGUUUGCUAGGAAAGUAAUGGCUGUUGGGGGUGA